UGCCAAUGUUUCGAUCUUUAUUGAGUUCAUCAUCAGACUCAAAGUGUUUGUUUUCCGCGUAAUUGUGUCAUUCUUGUGUGUCGUGUUGAGAGUGUAUACAUUUUAUGUGGCGUGUAUGUUCUGGUUUUAUGUGUGGCGAAACAGACGACACACAUUUAUUAUGACGAAGCCUCCGAUGGAUCUAAAACAGUUCAUGCUGCGGCAACGAGUGCUCAAGCUUUACAGGGAUAUCUUCAGGUCUAUAAAAGAGGUACCUUCAAAUGAGGACCGAAUAGAGCUAAAGAAUUGGGCUAGGAAUGACUUCAAAGCCAACAAGCACCAUACCGAUGAGGUGGCGAUAAAAAUGAUGAUCAAAUAUGGGGAACGUUGUUUAAAAGAGUUGAAACAGAACUUGUAUCUUAGUCGAUAAAAGCUCAAGUUUGGGACUCUAAGGAGCUUGAGGAUGUGGAACAAUUACAAAGAUUUUUUGUUAAGAAACUUUAACCUUCCUUGUAACAGUCCAAAUUAUUUUGUAAAUUUAGAACUGAGCAAAAGUAGUAUGUUUGAGUAGACAAUAAAAUGUAUUUAACAAGUUUUUAAAAUGCCUACCAAUAGACUACCUUAAUGUAUUAGUAAAAACAAUAAUUAAAAAAAAAUUCUUGUUUCGGUAAAUGGAAAAAUAUGUGUAACAAGUUUAAUAUUGAUAACAAGCAAUGGAGAUUUAAGUACUUAUGGAGAACAAAUAUAAUAAUUUGUGGUAUUGUUCAAACUGAGAAAGUAAAUGCACAGUUAAAAGCAAGACAUAGGAUUUAUCAUGUUAUUUAUGAUAAAUUAAAUUACAAUGUCGAUCGACUGACUGGGGUAGCUGAGCGGUUAGUGUGAUACACUGUUGGCUCUUUGACCCAGGAUGCAUGGAUUCAGUUCCCACUGUCCCCCUGGCCGUUGUUUUAAUUCGGUAUUACAUGCCAGUGAUGUAAAAUUAAUCAUUAAAUCGUGUUAAUUAUUACAGGCAUUUAAUUCAGAUUAAUGUCUAUUAUGUAAAUUGUGCAAUCGUAAAGAAUUAGAAAACAUUAAUUAAUCAUAUUAUUGCUAUUGGUCUAAUUUUGAGGCAGUAUAGAGUCAAAUAUUUUUACAAAAGUACUUUAACAGAGAGUGAUCUUUGGGAUUAUGUGUAUGGUCAAAAUUGGGAUCUGUCAUGAAAAUAUUUGAAAGCCUCACUUGAUUGUUAAUUUUGUACUGUUUUGAUUUUUUUUUUUGUAAUUUUAAAUUUUUUACAAUAAGUUUACAGAUAGAUUUAUUUUCUUAUGCAACUGAGCUGAAGAGUAACUAAAGCAGAUAAUAUUUUU